CAACCAACACCUUCACACCCAGAAAUUUUUCACUCUCAGAGCUGUGCGAUCAUGUUCAAAUUUUACUUUUAUAUAGGCUCUCUAACAUUAUUGCUUGGAUAUGUGAUCAGCCUGUCCGUUUUUGGUCCAACAAAGCUAAUCAAAAUUAAACUUUCGCUUGGGCGCUAUAACUCAAGACGAUCACACAUAAUAAAAUGCUGUGGGAAAACAUCAUGCUCUUCAAUAAAGAAACAUUGGAGAGAAAAUCAGAAAAACAAAACAGCUCAACCAGGCGAAAAGUCUUUUUUGAGUAGUUUACCGACGAAAGCUUAUUCAGCUAUCACUGACAAGAUUACAACCUCUGGUGAAAAGAUUCCUCCAUCAGCGCCUGAAAUAAUUACAGACCCGUCAGAAGGAACGUUAGCAUCGUUUUCUUCGCUACCAAUCACAAGUGGUGUUUCUACUGCUUCAAGAAUAACGGACAACUCAAUAAUUCCAACGAUUGAUGUGACCGCGGCCACCUAUGCAGAAGCAAGUGUGACAACCACGACUGCGAGCACCGUGAUUUCAAACCCAUCUACCGAUUUAACGACAGCUGUAACGACACCCACAACACCAUCAACUCCACUACCCACUACAACUUCUAGCUGCGCCUGUCCUACUGCAGCCUGCGCUGUCGCGGCGCUCAAAGAAACAGAGAAGCAGAAGUGGAGUUCGCCGGAUGGAGUUUUUAAACCAGCCUGUGGAAAGCAAUAUUUCAUCAGUACAACACUGAAAACACGAAAUGAUGCUGCCACGGAGUGUUGCAAAUUUGACAUGAAGCUGCUGACAGUAGACGAUGGCUUGGAGCUGAGUUGCUUAGCUUCCAUGAACGACAGCAAGUUUUCAUUAAUACGAGUCUGCAAAUGCAAAGGCCAACGAAAGCAUUCAUUUGCAGUUUUUUUAAAGAAGACCUCGAGCUUUUGGACUUAUGGCUCCAACGAGGGUUGCGAAUCAACUCAUUUUUGGUGUCCAGCUCGCACGCCUUUGGACUCGGUACUUUGGGCGGCCGCUCAGCCUAGCGCCCCAGCAACUAAUCGUUGCGUUUCAAUCAACCUUAAGACCAACGCAAAUGCAAGCUUGAUUGACCAGUCUUGUUCCACCACCUUACCAUUUAUUUGCAAGGCAUUUUAA